GCAUGUCAGCUACAGCUGAUGCAAAAAUUAUGUUCGUUCUUAUUAUCAGCUGUGAGUUUUGUUCGUAUAAAUACUAGACAAUUUUUACGAAUUUCGUAAUUACUUGUGUGUGCCUUUUUGAAAAAGUUGCCAACAUUGUUGCGGGUACUAAAACAUACUUACCUAAAGGUAAGGUUUUUUUGAUCUUACCAGUAGAACUAAACACGAUAAAAAUUCCCAUCGCUGAAGAAAACAUGAAAAAAAUAGCAAUUAUUGGAGCUGGAUCAUCGGGUCUUGUGGCCACCAAAUGUGUCACCGAAUCUCCGGACAGUUUUGAAUGUUGUACAUUUGAAUUAUCUGAUAAUAUUGGAGGAACGUGGGUAUACACUGAUAAAAUUGGUAAAGAUGAACACGGAAUACCAAUUCACUCGAGCAUGUAUCAGGGCUUGAGAGCAAAUUUACCCAAAGAAGUCAUGGAAUUUCCGGAAUUUCCUCAUAAAAACUACGAUAACAGAUCAUAUCUGACUGCAGCUGAAGUUCUGCGAUACAUGGAAGACUAUGCAGAUUAUUUCAAUCUAAAAAAAUACAUCAAGUUUCGACAUUAUGUAAAGAGUGUUGCACCAAUACAGAAUGGAAGAUGGGAAAUACAAGUCACUGAUCUGCAACUAUCGAAAGACUGCACUUAUUACUUCGACAGUGUUAUGAUAUGUGUUGGCAAAUACAGCAAUCCUGACAUUCCAAGCAUUCCAAACAUAGAGAAUUUCCAAGGAUUACAACUACACAGUCACGAUUACAGAGAACCAUCCAGGUUUAAAAAUCAGACAGUAGUUGUGAUAGGCGCAGGAUCUUCCGGAAUUGAUAUUUCUUGUCAUGUCAGCGAUCAAGCAGAAAGGGUUUACCUGAGUCAUCACAAUAAUAAAAUCCUCAACACCGUAUUCCCUGAAAACCUGCAUCAUAAACCAGAUAUCCAAGAAAUUCGCGAUGGAAAUAUUGCUUUUAAAGAUGGAUCCGAGGUAUCUGCCGAUACCAUUAUAUACUGUACAGGAUACUCGAUCAAAUACCCCUUUCUCGACGAAAAAUGCAAAAUUAAAGUGGAAAAUAAUGUGAUAAAACCUCUCUACAAACGAAUGAUCAAUAUCGAAUACCCUACCAUGGGUUUUAUCGGCGCUUUAAGGGAUAGUCCCAAUUUCGACUUAUUUGAAUUACAAGCUCGUUGUUUCUUGAAUAUCCUCAAAGGAGUAGCAGUACUGCCCAGCAAACAAGAUAUGCUUUCUGAAACAGAACGAGAAUUCAAUGAUCACAUGAAAAGAACCAACAACGAGAAAUCUUUUCUUAGCACAAAGGGACAUUUCGCUAAAAUUUAUUUCGACGAGUUAUCGCGUCUUGGGAAAUUACCGUUUACAAAACCGGUAUUAUUUGAUAUCUUUAGCUAUGGACAAGAUAGCCGAGCUAAAGAUUUCAAAAAUUUCAGGAGUAAGGUUUACAGAAUAAUUAAUGAUCGAGAAUUUAUCGUCGAAGAACAGAAAGUCCAUUAGAUUGGAUAUCGAAAUUUGAACAUUAUUUAUUUAUUUUGAUAUUAUGUAUAGGUAUAAGUAUUGUAUAAGGUCAAGUUAUAGUGGAAUAAGGUGUGCUUUUUAAAAUCAGUAUUUUCAGAUAGGUACUUCAUUACAGUACUUACGAUUAUAUUGGAAUUCAGUUCACUCGACUCGAGUAAACAAUAAAGUACAAUAAAAUUGAACCAUUUGAACUUGUAAA